AUAGCAUUGACUAUACCUACAGACUAUAUAUACUACUGUAGGUAUAUAUAGUCAAUGAUUAUAGCUGGAACCAAUACUGAGUGCUAAAAAAACCUGACACUGUUAACUGCAAUCUCCAUGUACAACAAAUGUGAUGCAAUCUUCAGUACGACCAUUAUUAUGGUCAUGGAAUCGCCUGCUUCAUCUCCUGCUUCAGAGUUACAGCCUCACAUUGGGAGUUCUUCUCGGGAGACUCCUAGAGCUUUUUCUUCCUCCCAGUCUAGCACUUCAACUUGCAAGGAUGUCCAAAGCUGCAAAAAUAUUGGCAUGCUGUGGGAAGCAGUGAUGGAUUUGACUAAAAAGGACAGACAGACAAGGGGAGCAACGCUCUAUCCCUCAGAACAGUCAGAACACCUUAGAGGGAUGUUUGAUGUUUCCCUACUGAACAUCUGUCUACCUCUGAAGACUGAGGAGGAGUUCCUCCAAUUUGAGGAAAAAUUGAAAGAACUAAUAUUCCGUCAAAAAGUUGCCAGGAUGCUGCUUACGUUGAAUGGUAACAGUGUUAAAAGUCUGGCAGCAAACCUGUUAAGAAAAAUAUUGUCAGACAAUGUGGCAGAGACAUUUUCUCUCACAGGAUAAGCCAUCACUGGAAACAAUAAAAAAGCCUUUGUCACAACAAGUCUCUAUGCGAUAGUUGGUGAAAUUUGUGUUAAAAAGUACAGAGAUUGCCAGGAGAAAGAGGUGAGGGAGGGUGUAAGCGACUGGCUUAUGCAAGGAAAAUUUAUGAAACAGAGAAGAGAGAAGAAAGCCACUGCCGUGUACUUUCCUGCUCCUUUUUAACAGAAUUCCUAUAACAAACUACUAAUACAAUUUUGUUCUGUAAGUUUUGGUAAUAAAAUGCCCAUAUUAUUCAUUCAA